AUGUUCGUGCAGGAGGAGAAGAUCUUCGCGGCGAAGGUGCUGCGGCUGCGCAUCUGCGCGCUGGACGGCGCCGAGUGGCUGGAGGAGGUCCCGGAGGACACGGCCAUCGAGCGCCUCAAGGAGCGCUGCCUCAAGCACUGCUUGCCAGGCAGCCUCGAGGACCCGAAAUGUGUGACGCACCACAAACUCAUCCACGCCGCUUCGGAGAAGGUGCUGAGUGACACCAAGACGGUAUCGGAGGAAAACAUUCAGGAUCGAGAUGUUCUGGUCCUGGUGAAGAAAAGGGCCCCCCCAGCGCCUCCAAAGAUGGCCGACGUCUCUGCCGAGGAAAAGCGGAAGCAGGAGCCGAAGGCACCCGACAAGGAGGCAAUCCUGAAAGCCACCACCAGCCUCCCCUCCCACAGCGUGGAUCGGAGCGUGGCCCACCACAACAUGAGAGACUUUCAGACGGAGCUUCGGAAAAUCUUGGUCUCGCUCAUCGAAGUGGCCCAGAAACUCUUAGCCUUGAACCCGGAUGCUGUCGAGCUCUUCAAGAAGGCAAACGCCAUGUUGGAUGAAGACGAGGAUGACCGAGUGGACGAGAUUGCUCUGCGCCAGCUGACCGAAAUGGGCUUUCCUGAGAGCAGAGCCAUCAAAGCCCUCCGCCUCAGCCACAUGUCCGUGACUCAGGCCAUGGAGUGGCUCAUUGAGCAUGCAGACGACCCCACGGCUGACGCUCCCAUGCCCGGCCACGUCCCCGUGGAAAGCGCAGCUGAAGAAGCGGGGCCUGCCCUCCCCCCGGCGGUCAACGGGGCCGGCUCAGCAGCCGCCCUGGAGGAGCCCAGAGACGAGCUGACGGAAAUAUUUAAGAAGAUACGAAGGAAACGAGAGUUUCGUCCGGAUCCACGGGCAGUGGCGGCCUUAAUGGAGAUGGGCUUUGACGAGAAAGAAGUGGUGGACGCCCUCAGGGUCAACAACAACCAGCAAAACGCCGCUUGCGAGUGGCUGCUGGGCGACCGGAAGCCGACCCCCGAAGAUUUAGACAAGGGGAUCGACCCUGCCAGCCCUCUUUUCCAAGCCAUCUUAGAAAACCCCGUGGUGCAGUUGGGGCUGACAAACCCUAAAACUCUACUUGCUUUUGAAGACAUGCUGGAAAACCCCUUGAACAGCACGCAGUGGAUGAACGACCCGGAAACCGGGCCGGUCAUGUUACAGAUCUCCCGAAUCUUCCAGACGUUGAAUCGCACCUAGAGGGCUCCGGCCAUCUCCGCUCCGCCCUGUUGGGUUUGCCGCUUUGCUCCGAUCCCAGAACGAACCCGGGACGCCGAUGGCCGGCCGAGCCCGACGCGUGUUUUCUUUUU